AACUCAUUCGUAUUCCCCACAUGCCAUCUCUUAUCAUCACUCGGAGCAAAGCGCGGAAAAGAUGGAUCAAAAGUAAAAAGCUUUAUGGUUUCAGCUCUACCCUUCCACAUAUUACAUAUUUGAUCCUAUUCCCUGCCUCGGCGGCCUUCUACACGUGAUCCGCCAUGGAAAGCGGAGGAGAAGAAGUCCAGCGACCGAGGUUGUAAACGUCAACACUCGUAACGCGCCGAGGAAGGGGGAAGCCAUACUCGGGAUGCACGCAAGAGAAAGGGAUGGCUUUUGUCCUCUGUGACUGGUAAGCGAACUGCGUAGCCAGCAAGUCAAACCCACGCUUCUUAAAGAAAGCAGGGCACUCCAGCUUCUUCCUCCGUGAUUAAGACGCCACCAUACCUUUUUCCAUCUUUCCUAUCCUCUCCCUUCUUUUUUUCUUCUGGUUCGAUUCCGUUUGCAGACGUUCAAGCAAUAAUGGAGCACAGGAAGAGCUGGCAAGUUCCCACCUUUGGGGACUGGGAUUAUGGCGACCAGAUGCCCAUCACGCAGUAUUUCGAGUCCGCGAGGCAAGCGGGGCUGGUUCGAGCUGGUUCCUUAGCGGCAAGUUAUGAGGAAGAUCUCUUCAAUGUGCCGGUUGCGAUGCCGGUGAAGUUGGCUUACCAGGACGGCCUUUAUCACCGGAAGGUGAGGGAUGAAAAUGGCAGUGGAAGAGAGAAGAAGUCGUGCUCUAAGGAGCAGAAACAGAGGAAACAAGGAAGGGCCUCCGCCGCCGGAGUUGUAGGGCCGCCGAGGAAACCUAUAGCCGCUCCUAAAGCGGUGGAUGAGGAUUUGUACAAGAUUCCACCUGAGCUUCUUCGCCGGAAGCCAAAGAAAAAGACAUUAGUGAGGAAUUUGUUCUUAGGAUGUCUGGGGCUGAACUGCGUCGCCUGAGCUCUGCUUCAGACGGCUCCAUAACUCUACACCAACUGCUGUUAGCUCUGCUUCUUUCCUCUUUUUCUUAAAUCUAACGUUUUAUUUGAAGAAUUACAUUGUAUGACUAGAAUUAUUAUAAAAUGAUGGGGAGAAUUCCUCACUUUUAUGUUUCCUCUUUGUAUUUUGAAGUGGAGAUGAUAUUUCUCGCUAUAAAUGUGACUCCAUAUUGA